GUAUGGGGAGGUCGUCAACAUUAACCUGGUGCGGGACAAGAAGACCGGAAAGUCCAAAGGCUUUUGCUUUCUGUGCUACGAGGACCAGAGGAGCACCAUUCUUGCCGUUGACAACUUCAAUGGGAUCAAGAUCAAAGGCAGGACGAUUCGAGUGGACCAUGUGGCCAACUAUCGGCCCCCCAAGGACUCCGAUGACUUAGAUGACAUCACAAAAGCCCUCCAUGCAAAGGGUUGUGGAGUUAAAACGCCGCCUCAUACGUCAUCCGAUUCCCUGUCAGAAGAUGAUGCUGUGCCCGUAAAAAACCAAAAAGCAGCAGAUAAGGAGAAAAGCAGACAGGAGCGGCAAAAGCAGAGCUCGCAGGCUGCGAAGAGGGCGGCGUCCGCAGAGGAAGCGCACCCCAGAAUCAAGAUUAAGAAGGAGAAGGAG